AUGUCUACGUUCAAUAAAGGCGAUAUAAUGGACGAUUCACAUUUAAACGUGAUGGAGGGGUAUUUAGAUGAUUGUAAGAUAACACAGAUGCAAUAUCACUCGUUUCUUCCGUACUCGAGUACGGCAUUCUCGAAAAACGAUGAAAUUAGAAUAUCUAUUCAAAAUAUGGACGCGUACACUCUUCCGUGUGAGAGUUACUUGUUUAUUGAGAGAAAAGUUAACAAACAAGACAGUGCAGUAGGAGAUAUAUAUUUUACAAACAACGGGUUGGUUUUUCUUUUCUCCGAAAUGCGAUAUGAAGUGAAUGGCGUGGAAAUCCAAAAAUUGAAUUCACCGGGCAUAUAUUCAACUCUUAAAGGAUACUGCUCCUAUGCACCUCACGAUUUGUAUGAACUCGAAAACGUUGAUUGGGACUUGGAUGAAACGAAUUUCAUGGAAAAAGAGAAAUUUUCCGGUUGCCACCCCCUCAAACAUUUAUUCGAAUUUUGUGAAGAUUAUAAAAAAGUACUACUCAAUUGUAGUCAACAAAUAAUUUUAAAUCAGUCGUCGACUAAUUUCGACACUCUGCGCUCUACCGGUGCGGACGCAAUAAUCCAUUUAAAUAAAUAAAAAAAUAAAUAUCGAAGUAACCAAAGUUCUUUGGAAAUCGCCAGUUAUUCGGAUAAACGAUUCAGAAAAAUUAAAACUUUUAAGAGCAUUGGAUUCUUGUAAACCGCUCGAGUGCACGUUUUGAUCCUGGGACUUGUAUGAAUAUCCCAUUCUCCCAACAAAUACUUCUCAUUCGUGGACGGUUAAAUCUAGCAGUCUAUUAGAGAAUCCGAGGUUUGUUAUAAUUGGAUUUCAAACCAAUAGAAAGAAUAACUUGAUAAACCCGUCGGGUUGGUUCGACCAUUGUAACCUCAAAAACCUUAAAGUAUACUUAAACAACGAAGUAUAUCCCUACGAGGGUUUCCAUGCAAACUUUUCAAAAGCAAAAACGGCUAUAUUGUGUAAGGCAUAUACAGAUUUUCAAAAAUCAUAUUAUGGUAGAGAAACAAGUGCUCCAUUAUUAACGAGACAAAAGUUUACUGCAAACGCGCCAAUCGUAGUUGUGGAUUUAUCGAGACAGAACGACAAUGUCAGAGCGUCGACCGUGGACUUACGUAUCGAAUUUUAA